AUGGGAUUAUAUCGGAGCGAGGCAUUGAAAUUAUGUGCUAAAAAGAUAGACGAAGUUGAUAAAACGCUUCAAGUAUUAGGCUCAUCAACAUCUUUCAACAGUAUUUACAAGAGAACGAUAAUGGACAUAAUGAUCGUUAUCAUUUAUUUGUGCAUCAAAUCGGAAUUUAAACGAGUGAACGAACUUCUUGCCGAUAUCAAUAUGCUGCCUGUUUCUUCUGUUAUUUCGGAAUUAUUUGAACACAGAGAAGCUGAUGGUUCUUUUUCUAUAGAACGAUCUCUUCCUGUCGAUUCGAAAAAAUUAUUUAUCGUUGCACCGUCAUUAAGACAAAGGCAGUCGCAAUUACAAAUUUCGAGUCACAAAAUAAAUAAGAGUAGAAUGUUGUUACGAACAAUCAGACAGGUUCAUCUGGAAUUAUACAGAGUAUCCAACAAUCUUAGUAAUAUGUAUGGCAUACAGAUAUCCCUAGAAAUGGCAAUGUGUGUUAUGAUUGACAUAAUUGUGUUAUAUAGACUUUAUGCGAAGUAUCGGGAGAAAUCACGUAACAUGUACGAAAUGAUUUUUGAAUUUAUUCACACAAUUUUCUUAUGUUUACAAUAUUCGACAAAGAUCUUUAUAAUUAAUUACAUCUGUGAUAAAACAACAAAAGAGGCUGAACGCACCAACGAAAUUAUUCAUACAUUUUAUGGGCAAAAUACGGAUUUCGAGAUACAAAAGGAGAUAGAAAUAUUUUCUUUACAAAUGAUGCAAUGUCGUAACGUGUUUUCCGCUUACGGUUUAUAUAAUCUUAAUUGCAAACACAUUUGUUCGUGUAUCGGCAUUAUAACGACAUACAUGGUUAUCAUGAUACAAGUAACCGAUUCAAUGAUAGGAGAAUGA